AUGCCUACCAACGGAGCAGGUGAGCGGCGCGCUUCGAUUACGCAGCAGCGCCGGCUUUCACACCCAUUCAAGAGACACGCUUGGCUAUGUCCUCCAUCAGAUAUCAUCUAUGCAGGAAUUUCAGGAUUCUUUUCGACAGAUUCUCCCUCUACCAUUGUCAUUGCCUUCCGUGACACCACCUAUCUACUGGACUUUAUCGAAAAAGUGUUCGAUAGACAUAAACAGGGUGCAGAGGCAACCACCGAUUUCAUCGUCUCGGAACUCAAAACAUAUGGAGAAGAACACCUGGAGAAGAUCAUUGGUGUGACCAUGCCAAAAAAUGUCGCGGAGCAAUGUCCCAAGCUCUGCUCGCGCCUAUGGGCAGAACUUGACAUCCUUCCCCUGGUGCUACCCGAAUCAAGUCUGACGGACCAAUACGCUUCAGCUGUCCCAAAGGGCACACGACCAAAUGAUCCGAAAACGAUCGACGAGCAGGCGGAGUCUAUGUCGCGAAAAUGCGUGCGAUUGUUUGGCCCGGAGAAUCUACCCUUGCUACAAGUGGGUUACAUGGGCCUCGUGGAAGUUGACACAAAUUUCCAUGUGCGAAUAGCAGAUCUUGAUGAUUUCAAGACAACCGUCUCUGCUAAAACUUGGUCUGCCGUGGAGCAUUACGCUGCGGAUUUGAAGAAACGAAACGUUCGUAUUGCCUUCUUCAGUGCGACUCCUCAAGGUGGUGGGGUGGCGCUGAUGCGGCAUGCGCUGGUUCGCUUUUCUUAUCAUCUGGGCACAGACAUCAAGUGGUAUGUUCCGAAACCCCGGCCUGGGGUUUUCCGAUUGACCAAGAACACCCACAAUAUUCUUCAGGGUGUCGCACCGCCUGACGAACGAUUGACCGCCAAGAAUAAGGAGUCUUUGCGAGAAUGGAUCGAAGAAAACGCCAGGCGAUACUGGACCGGGCCGAGUGGUCCAUUGCUACCUCCAUCAGAGGGGGGAGCAGAUGUGAUCAUUGUAGAUGACCCCCAGAUGCCAGGACUGAUACCUAUUGCCAAACAACAAGCUCCAGAUCGGCCAAUCAUCUUCCGUAGCCAUAUUCAAAUCCGCAGCGAUCUCAUCAAGCAAUCUGGAAGUCCCCAGGCCGAAGUAUGGGACUUUUUGUGGGACCAAAUUAAGCUUGCCGACUGCUUCAUCAGUCACCCUGUAAGCGCUUUUGUACCAAGUAAUGUUCCACCUGAAAUGGUGGGAUACAUGCCGGCGUCGACUGAUUGGCUGGAUGGGUUGAAUAAAAACAUGCGCGACUGGGAUGUAGCCCACUAUGGCCGCAUCUUCAAUGCAGCAUACAAGUACAUCGUGCAGAUCGCACGUUUCGAUCCUUCCAAAGGAAUCUUAGACGUCGUGGAUUCGUACGAGAAAUUUUACAAUCGUUUGGUCAAUGGCCAACCUGAUGUGGAGCCUCCAAAGCUUUUGAUCUGUGGCCAUGGCUCGGUAGAUGACCCAGACGGGGCGCUGAUUUACGAUGCAGUGAUAGAUCACAUCGAAAGCAAUCUCCCACACCUCCGAAAUCUUAUCUGCAUCAUGCGACUGAGGCCCUCUGAUCAGGUUUUGAAUGCUCUCCUCUCCAAAGCUACUAUUGCCCUCCAGCUAUCUAGCCGCGAGGGGUUUGAGGUGAAAGUCUCCGAGGCAAUUCAUAAAGGUAAGCCGGUGAUUGCCACGCGCGCUGGUGGAAUCCCACUGCAGGUUGAGAACAACAAGAAUGGUUUCCUGGUAGAUGUGGGUGACACCGAUGCUGUUGCACAGCAUCUGUAUGAUUUAUGGACGGACAAGGCUCUAUACCACCGUAUGUCUGAGUAUGCGCACAGUCACGUCUCUGAUGAGAUGGGCACGGUAGGCAAUACUCUACUUUGGCUCUAUCUUGCGUCAAGAUUUUCCAAGGGUGAGGACGUGCGGCCAAAUGGGCGCUGGAUCAAUGACAUGGCUUUUGAACAUCUUGAUCUUCCAGAAGACGGUCCUCGUCUCAAGCGAGCCGUGCAGGUGCAAAACAUGGGGUAA